CAUCUGAGAUUUGAAAUCUAGGCUUUGACCAAUCAAUCGCUUGCGAGCUGCAAGGAAACGGAAGUAACGACCGGAAGUUUACAUUAACAGAGAAAGCUAAACGCAGCUAACGCUUCAGCUUCUAUUUUACCAAACAAAAAAGGACAAUGGUUUGUGAAAAGUGUGAGAAGAAGCUCGGUAAGGUCAUCACUCCUGACACCUGGAAGGAUGGAGCCCGGAAUACAACAGAGAGUGGUGGGCGCAAACUAAAUGAGAAUAAGAUGUUGACUUCUAAGAAAGCCAGGUUCGACCCUUACAGCAAGUCCGGCUUUGCUAUCUGCAGGAUCUGCAAGAGCUCAGUUCAUCAGGCUGGAUCACACUACUGCCAGGGCUGUGCAUACAAGAAAGGAAUCUGUGCAAUGUGUGGAAAGAAGGUUUUGGACACCAAGAACUACAAACAGACGUCUGUGUAACUGCAUGCUGAUCAGGGAGAGGCUCCACACGUGAAUAACGGACUGAAAGAGAGGUGGCUUUGUUUGCUGGAGCUGUUACAGUGGCCAUACGCAGGCCAUCUCUAAAUACACCACCCGUUAUCGCUUGUUUUGAGUCAACACUCUCAGACUUUUCCUGUAUUUUAAAUUCAGUUCUUUCCUUUUCAAGAUGUUAAUUUCUGUAUGUAAUAUAUGCCGUGUUGCUGUUGUUAUGUGAAAUAAAGCUUCCACUACGAGGACA